CAAACAAUCCACUCGUGUUCCCAAACGCUGUGGACCGUGCAGACCAAGAGCAGUGCAGACAGAUGUACGGGAACGGCAACGUUUAUCCUGCUACCAGUGGAACAUUCUUAUCAGCGCUUGCGGUCUAAUGCUGAUUUUUUUUUUUUUUUAAGAGUUUCUCUAACUGAGUGCACUCUUCAGUAGUGCACCCCAGAGAACAUCCACGUUAUUGCUUUUUCUUUUCUUUCAGAAGAGCAAAUAAUUAUUUCACAAGGAAAACAGUCUAGGGAUUGUAGACUGGGCUGUGUUAACCCAAUUUCCCAGAGACAUACAAAAGCCACGCUCCAGCAGGUCCACCUGGACAAGCUGAGGAAGCCGUCCGGUCUCGUUUAGUGGUCCAGGAAGGAGACGGAGUGGAGAAAUUAGCGCGGAAGACAGGAGCAACAAAGAAGCUGGCAGGAUGAACGUCAAGAGUCAUUUGAUUUUCACUCUCUACACUAUUUAUGGGAUUCUGCUGAAAGUGAUGGCUUCAAAAGGCAAAGUUCGAGGUAUCAGUGGUCAGUAUCCUCUGGUUCAAAAUGUCACCGUGACGGCGGGUGGAACAGCAAACCUGACCUGCCGCGUGGAGUAUAAUGACAACACCUCCCUCCAGUGGUCGAACCCAGCACAGCAGACCCUCUUUUUUGGGGACAAGAAAGCUUUAAGGGACAACCGGAUCGAGCUGGUGCGCGCCACAUCGUCAGAGUUGACCAUCAGCAUCAGUGAUGUCACACUGUCUGAUGAAGGCCUGUACACCUGCUCUCUCUUCACCAUGCCGGUCAGAACAGCCAAAGCUUACCUCACUGUCUUUGGUGUGCCAGAAAAGCCGGAGAUCAACGGCCUGACAAAGCCAGCCAUGGAGGGGGACCGCGUCACUCUGACCUGCAUCACUCAAGGCAGCAAGCCCGCCGCCGACCUCCGCUGGUUCAGGAACGAGCAGGAAGUCACAGGUGCCAAAGAAGUGAACGCAAGUGGAAAGACAUUUACGGUGCGGAGUUCUCUGCAGCUACUUGUGACCAGAAAUGAUGACGGAGUGGCCUACACCUGCAGAGUGGACCAUGUUGCACUCGCACAGGCACCCCAGCAGGCCACGGAAGUACUGGAGGUCCACUAUGCUCCCCGUGUGGAAAUCAUCCACUCUCUUGCUGUCCCUCAGGAGGGCCAAUACUUAAAGCUGGAGUGUGUCUCCAGAGGAAACCCAUCACCAGAUCCUGUGAUGUGGACGAAGGACGGUGGUGAACUUCCCGACCUUGACAGGAUAAUUGUUGAGGGGAGGGAGCUCACCUUUACUUCACUCAACAAGACAGACAAUGGCACCUACCGCUGUGAAGCCAGCAACCACCUGGGGACCAGCAGUGCUGAAUAUGUACUUUACGUGUACGACGAACCCACCACCCCGCCUCCAUCCACCACAUCCCCCCUACAUCCCAUCCCUCCAGAUCCUACCGUUCAGUUAAGCACCCACGCCUCAGACCCCACAGUCACUGGCAGCAAAGAUCCCAAUGCGCUGGGGCAGCAUGGCACCGACCAUGCCUUGAUUGGAGGAGUGGUGGCUGUAGUGGUCUUUGUCACCUUGUGUUUAAUCAUUGUUCUGGGAAGAUACCUGGCCAGGCAUAAAGGAACGUAUUUGACGAACGAAGCCAAAGGAGCGGACGAUGCGCCCGAUGCCGACACAGCCAUCAUCAAUGCUGAAGGGCACCACGCGCACGCAGAAGAAAAGAAGGAAUACUUCAUUUAGACUGCAUAGGGAGCGGUGCAGCUCUCUCCCUUUUCCUUCAGUCCCUCUAUUUCUGAUAGUCUCUCUCUUUCUCGCUGUCCCCCACUUUCGUCUUCACCUGUGGCCACUGCUCCCUUUGAGUCAACACAGAGUCCACAGGCAGAGAUGUUCCUCAAGCAUUUUUUUUUUAUCUAUUAUUUCCUUUGGUUCAGCAUUUCUCUUUAUUACAUUUUUACCCUAGAAUUCCUUUUCCUUUUUUGGCAGAUUUAAAAUCGUUUCCCAAAAGCAGCUUUGUGCCGCUGCUGAAGCUCUACCCCGUCUCGCGUUUUUUGCUAGUCUUAGUGACACGAACACCGGGAAAUCUGUAUCUCUGCCAUGGCUGCUUCCUACAUGACCUCUUGUUCACCCCCCCCCCCCCCCCCCCCCCCCACCAAGCAGACACACCACCACACGUUAUAUCUCAUGCCCCCUCCCACACAUAUCUCACUUCAACACGGUGCCUAAAAAUACAGACGCCAUCGAACUUCUGUCAAUGCCUUCAUGUGUCGCCUGUCGGUAGCAAUGUAAUGCCCUGUAGCUCAUUUCAUUGCUUAGCUUACGGCUUUUGAUCAUACAUUGCGUCUUUUUUUUAAUUAUUUGAACAAUUUGUGCUGUUUACGCCUUACACGUGUCUGUCACACUGAAUAUGGUACUUUUAGAUUAUCCACUGCUCCCGACGCCCCCAUCCCCUCUAAAUAAACUUGUAAUUAAGCAGUGGACCCUUUGUAAGAUAAGACGAAGGUUUUUUUUUGUGUAACACUGUAGCAAGGUUUGUCAGAUAAGUGUAUAAUAUGAUUUUCACUAUUAGGGUAGGAGUGAUAAAGGGUAGUGCAGUGUUGUUUAGAGCAAAGAACCCACCAAAAAUAUACGAAGAGUGCGUAGAUGAAGCUUUUUUGCUAAAUCUGCUGGCCCUGUGUACUUUACUCUGCACAUCCCUGCGCCAUGCAGUCAGCAGUUUGAUAAAAUGUUUUAAACGCUAUCUGGACAGCAUACAGCAGUGUGUGUUUUUACAUUAAUGGUUCGGAUGUACAGGAAGAAAUCUCCACGUCUUAAAAUCUGUAAAAAAAAUUGUAUUGAAAUUCUUUUAACUAUUCACAUUUUAAUAAUUUACUUUACGUUCAUGUCACAAUAAAGUCAUGUUACAGCUUAAGGACCUCAUGAAAUAUACAGAGAACCAUUUAAUGUUUCUGUAAGAACAAAAUGAGAACAGUGACGGUAUGUUUAGGCAGUCCAGUGUUGAACAUUUUAGACAUCUUUUUUUUUUUUUGUACUUUUGAUCAAUGCCUCAUUAGUUUGAGGUGCAGGUAGCUUUAAGACGUUACAGGUCUACACGUAAAAAUGACUUGUAACAAAUAAUUUAUUGUCAGUUCAUAUAUAUAUAUCAAACAGUACAAGUUACCUAGACAUGCCUUUUCAGGAGUCUCUGUACAUUUGCCUGUGUUCAGUUUCCAUGGUAAAUAGCUGUAGUGUUGGCUGUCACUCAGUAGUAGUCUCCACCACUUCCAAUACAGCUUUGGGUUUCAGCUAAAAUAUUCCUAACAGCACCAGGCUAGAGGUGCUGCUGUAGAUCCAAGACCCUUAGCAUCAGCGCAGUAAGAUGCCCACUAGCUUGGUUGCUCAUCCAACUGGAUUAAAAUAUGUGACUAUAACGUCGGUCAAAAACAAAAACAGCAGUUUUUCAACUGCAGUGGUAAAAUAAUCUAUACCGUUAUCCAGGAGACAAAGAGUUGCAGCAAAAAGCAGUUAUGCGUCAGUCUUCAAACGCAUCAUUUUCUUGCGUCCUCAUUCUUUCAAUGAGGUCAGCUAGCUGCCUCUUCAGCAGUUGGCCUUGCAGCUUCACCGUAUCAAGCUUUCUUUUAUCGUACACGCAUCCUCAAAGGUUAUCCUUAACGAAAAAUGAAACAAAAAAUAUUGAACCAAAGCGCACGGAAGCCCUAAAGUAAACCUACUUGUCCUUGAACAAAAGAGACUGGUGCAGAACUGAGCGCACCCAUUAUUUGAUUGGUGAAAUUCAGUCAUCACUUUAUACCGUCAAUAACUGAUAGUAAUUUUCAGACUGCCACUUUUUUGUUUUUUCUUUCACUAGUUUUUGAGGAGCAAAUUUAAAUUGCUGUUUCCAACUAGUACAAAGUUUCCAACUUUUUUUUUCCAUUUACUCAGUCACAGUUCCAUUUCAUGAGGUCUUCAAGUGAACAAAAUUAAAUCAGAGAGAAAUGCUCAGAGUGCUGGGUCAUAGAUCUGCAUGGGCCCCAUUUCCAAAAACUGGAGACAAACAGAGAAGCACAAAAUUUGACAGAAGGAGUUACUGUGUUCCUUUGCCAACAACUAAAUUGCCUUGGGAAUGGUUCUUUUAAUCUAAAAGGUAGAGGAAAGAUGAAAAAGCUGCAGUGCAUCUUUUUGAAAAUGUAAGCUAAGUAAUUUUUUAUAUUAAAAAAGUCUAAUAUUGUUGGUUUAAAUUGUAUCCCGCUCCAUGUUAGAUAUAUUGUGUCUGCUAAAAUGUGGUUGACUGUAAAAAAAAAAAAAAGAAAUUGCUGUUAAAUUCUGGACUCCUGUAUUCCUUCGAAUUUGUAUAUUUGCCAGCUUCCCUAUUUAAUUUCAUUUAUAAGAAGACUUUAUAAAAAUUGUGUUUUGUUUUUGUGCAAAGCAUGUACAUAAUGUGGAAAAACAACACGUUGGUACUACACAUUAGCAUGAGUUUUGUUCUUUAUUUUUACAUCUAAUUUAUUUAAACUGAAGUUACUGAGCAGAGAAUCACAACAGAAAGACAUUAAACUUGAACAUUUUAUUUGACCUGUUUAGAUGCUGAGAGUCUGCUGGAUGAAAAUAUGACAAUAAACACAUAAAGUUGAACGUUAAUUCAGGUACAUUUGGGCAUAAAUUGAUGUAAGCAGGCUAUUUAUCUCUGAAAGAAAUUCUAGAAUUGCUUUUAUAUGCAAUGCCCAAAAUGGGAAUUACACUAUUAUUUAAGAAGAUCAUGAAGAAAGGCAUACUAAUACAGCAAGAUUUUUUUUAUUAUUUCAUGUUGGUGGCAAAAAAAAAAAGAAAAGAAACUCACCAGCUUCUUUAUUAGGUAUCGUCAGAGAGAGUUGUGUGCAGAAAAAAAGAUUUCAUUGAUGUCAGAGCUUAGAAAAGAAUGAACAGACCAGCUUGAUAUGAUAGACAGGCAACAGUAGACCAAAUAAAUACCCGUAACUAAAAGGGAACGGGGAUUGCCUCCUCUGAACACACGUCAAAUUUCAAACUUAGAGCAGAUGAGCUACAGCAGCAGAAUACCACCCUGGGUGCCCCUCCUGUUAGCUAAGAGCUCUAAACUGAAGUUACAAACCACAGAUUUACCAAAGGCGGACUACAGGAGAACAGUUCAGGAUGGUCGUGUAAUGGUGUGCAGGGAUAGUUCUAUGGCACAUUGUACACAUCUUACAAACUGGGCAUCAUUUAAAUGCCAGAACCCUUCAUGUUGCAGUGUGCCCAUCUUCUGAUGCUCACUUCCAGCGUAAUAAUGCACCAUGCUACAAAGCUCAGAUCAUCCAGCUGUUUUUUUUUUUUUUCUUUACAUGAGUUUAUUGUACUCUAGUGGCCUUAACAGUGUUCAGAUCUCAGUCCAACACUGCGUCUUUGGGAUGUGGUGGAACAGGGGAUUCGCAUUAUCGAUGUACAGCCAACAAACCUGUUGCAUCUUGGUUCUAUUAGGUCAAUUUGGACCAAAACGUCUAACGAAUGUUUCAAAAACGUCAUUCAGUCCGCCACAAAGAAAGAAUGAAGCUCUGAAGGCAAAGGGGGGGGGGGGUCCUAUCCUGUAGUGGCAAUGUGUACCUAAUAAAGUGGUUGGUGAGUGUAUAUGAGGUAUCAGUGGUGAAACGUAGUAAAUUUCUGUUUCUUUUCAGACAUAAUUUCUAUUUUUUUUUUUUUUUGUAUAGGUUUAAAGAAAUUUGGCUUACUUGGCCUCCUGUAAAAGUGUGAUAAACACCAACAGCACUAAUCUGUGUGGACAUAAAUUAUCACCAAGGGCAAUAAAAAGUGGGCCCAGCUGUCUCCAGUUUGGUGGCCAGUUUACAACAUUAUGCAAAUAAGGCUGGAUGGCAAAGGUCUCGCUCUGUGCGGCCAAACUGAUCAUAACUGGAGUGAAUCACAUGUUAGGAUCCUUAAGGUCAAUAUCAGUGUAACUUUGGCUUUUCACAAUGUAUGUAUGAUUACAUAUCUUUUACUCACUGUUAUCACAAUUUUCCAUGAUUUACACUUUUGUGCACUUCAACUUUCACCACACUAUUAACGGAUUUAGCUUGUUUUUAAAAGGCCUUGCCUUUAUCAAUCACAUGUGUGCAGAAGCAAUUGUCACAAUAUAAUUGUAACUUAUCAGUCUUAAAUGACGGACGGUAACAGUUGCAUUUUCUGUUGCAUUUCAUCUGUGUGUCCAUCUUAGAAAUGAGAAGGGUUAGGAUGUGAUAUUUAACGAAAGGUCUGCAGUGAUGAGUUGGUGUUGGCGUUCCAAAUGAAAAGGUGCCAUUUACUGAAUUAUGCACUCUGACCAUUACAAUUUGAUGGAGAUUUCUUAGUAACUGUUUAAAUGUGUGUUUUUUUCUCUCUUUUGAAAAUAACUGUAAAUAUCUGGUUUGAAAUGAAAGUACUGAGUUGAUUUAUUGCAAUGGCUUUUUAUAAUCAUUAGACCAAACUUAAAUCAAUGUGUUCAAUUUUUUUUAUUUAAUUUUUUUUUUUAACAGCUUAUCUCAUGCUACCAUGCACAACUUUUAAUAUCCAUACACCAAUGUACAGAUUCAAUUGUAGCUGUUCUUUUUCUUCAUUUUUAGUGAUGGUUAAAGAAACUAAGCUUUAAAAAAAAAACUAAUUCCCAAUUUUUGUGUCGGGUGUGGUAGCAGGAUCACGGGCUUGAAACUUUAUCAUUAAAAGCACUAACAUACUGCUAUUGCAAUGCCAUUUUCUUUAAGCGGCAGUCAAUUUUUUUUUCCCCUCUAAUUUCCUGGCUCAUGACAAACCCUUUUUCUUUUGCUGAAGGUGUGACUAGUGUGGGUGAGGUUGUGCAUUUAUGCAGAUUAAGCAGCACAAUACUGGCAGCAAUUUUGGCAGGAAAUUGCUUGCAAUUUUAUGACCAAUUUUCACGUUGGCUACACACCACUGCAAAUUUGCUAAAAACACCCUUUUCCCUCUUUUGCUACAGGUCAGGUUGUCUAUGCCUGACAGAUUUACAGCCAGGUGCAAAUAAACUGUUUGCCUGAAGUUAAAUAAUUAGAUGAGCUAUCCCAGCACUAUUUUAUCUACUUGUUUAGAAUUAUCAGUCAAAUAAUCAAACAUGGAGUAAAAUAACAUGUGGGUUUGUGAAAUAAACCAGAAAAGAUUAGGUUUCUCUCAUUAAAAGAGCUGCUGCAGAUGGUAAAUGUGUAUAUUAUUGUGUAAUAAGCUAAAAUGAUGUAAUCAGGAAAAAUUGUGUCUUGUAAAGAAAAUUCAUCUAAAAAAAACUGGACAUUAUAAUUAAAUGAGCAAGGUUUUUAAUGUUUACCUGUCCCCUUAUUUUGCACAUUUGCUUCUUUUAUACAUCAGAGGUGAGCUGAUGUGUCUUUUAAGCAUGCUUAAAGGGAUAGUUUGGAUUUUCUGAAGUGAUGUUAAUUUAUGUUACUAUCAGUAAUAGUCCCUGUAUCUAUAGUGAUAGAUGUCAGUAUAAUGUGACUCAAAGAUGACUCAAAUUGAAAAAUCUUGUUUUCAUCCAUGAGAUGCCAUUAUAUAUUAGUUGAUUUUAAAGGUAUAGCGUAAUAAUAAGUAAUAGGUAAGUAAGUAAUCAACUACUUACUUAUUACUUACUAUUACUGUAUCCUGUGAGCUUCUGUUUCAGCCGUUAAUAGUAGCAAUGCUGCCUUCACAGUAUAGUUUGAAAAUAGCUGAAAGUUGCAAGAAGCAAACCGUCUUACAAGUUUAUGAGAAGAAGAGAAAGGCCUCUGAAAAAAAUAAAGCAAGCGCAUAUUCAGGAGAUUCUUUCCCACAAUCCUCGGGAGGAGCAGAAGAGCUGGUGGGAUGGUCUUGCACGGGUGCGGUUAUUCCAAAGCAGCGGCCGUUUCUUACCUACAUUUCCAGGAAAAAUCAUCCACUUAGUAUCUGUAUUUUCACAGGAGACCGUUAACAAGUGUGUGUCUGUUUUAUCAGCAGAAUAGCUUCCCUCUUGCUACCCUGCAUUCACACUGGUUGCCGUCUGUAUCAAUCCGCCAAGAGUGGGGAUAAUUAUUGGACAGAGAGAGAGGUUUCAAUUAGUAUGUUCCUGUGAUUUCCAGAUCUCAAAGCUAUUUGGAAAUUAUCACUACUAACUGGAAAUCAACCGAUCCUAAGUCCUGAGCGUCGUAAUGCAGUUGACGACGACAGCUGAAGUUAUUUUAAAUUUGUCAAAUGAGUAAAAGGUGAGAGGUCCAGCUGACUAGCCAUUAGCUUUCCUUUGCAACACAGAGAGAAGGCAUCUGCCUUGUUUUCGACAAGGAUGCCUUCCAUCAGUGUUGUCAGCUACAGGUAAGGGUACUAACACUGAUGACAUUUUUACUGAACCUCACUUCAGAAAAUAUGAACUAUCCCUUUAAAACUGCUCCUGGAGCAAACCUGAUGACGUUUUCUUUCUCAAAGUCCCCAUUCUUUCGUACAUUUGACUUUGAAGCAGUAGGCCUGUUCAUAGUAAUGAAGAAAUUUCACCAAGUCACUAAAGGUUGAUGUGAAAAUGACAUUGGUUGUGGCUUAGAGGCUGGUCGUUUUGUUUGGUUCUGAUUUUUCUGUUUACUAUAACUUGGGUUUUCAUUUUGAUGCCAUUCCUCUGUCCUGUCUAUGCUCUCCUGGCUCUCCACAUGCCUUUGCUGUACAGUUUAGCUUCAUUGUAACUCUUUGUUCCCCCUGAAAUCAUCACACUAACAUCAAUCAGCCCAGUUUCUACAUUGUCACACUGAUGACAACGUGUGACACAAUCGCAUGUAGUAAUGUGCUGUUAUUAUUUUUAUCUGUUUUUUUUUUUCUUUUGCAUCUCAGGAAUAUAUUUCAUUUGGGAUUUCUUUUUUUUUUUUUCCUUUUUGGUGGUUUCCUGUUUUAAAAUGGGGACUUGUGAGCACUUAUCACUCUACUGGUCCCUGUAUGCUUACACCAUGUAUUUGUUCAGUUUAAAAUUACCACGAUGUUAAUAAAAUUAUUCAGUGAUUCUUCAGUAA